AUCUGUCUUCCGAAACACAGGUUAGGCUUUCGCUCGGUCUCUACAGUACAAACGACAGCAACAUGGCUCGGAUUUGGUUCACAGCCUUCACUGCUGGUCUGCUGCUGGAGACGUGCAGCCUGGCAGCUCAAAUCACGCAGGAAAAUCCAGGUUCAGUGUUUGUGUCCCAGCAGUCAGCCCACACAGUUCUGCAUCGUCAGCGCAGGCACAACAGCGGUCAUCUUGAAGAAAUACUUCACAAAGACAACCUGGAACGAGAGUGUAAAGAGGAAGUUUGCACCAUGGAGGAAGCCAGGGAGGUGUUUGAGAACGAUGAGAAAACUAUGGAAUUCUGGACCACCUACAUUGAUGGUGACCAGUGUCAGCCAUCCCCCUGUCAGAACGGAGGUGUUUGUCAAGACAAAAUGAGUGCAUACGUUUGUUGGUGCCAACCAAACUUUAGUGGGAAGGACUGUGAGAUCGAGGUGACCCAGCAGUGUUCAGUCAACAAUGGCGGAUGCUCUCAUUUCUGUGUGAUGCAGUCAGACCGAGCCCUGUGCCGCUGUGCAGCUGGUUACAAACUUGGCCCGAACAAGAGAAGCUGUGAACCUGCAAAACAAUUCAGCUGUGGUCAUGUGAACACCUCCACCACCGGCUCAGUCCUAAAUGUACGAUCAGCAAGCAAGACACAAGUCUCUGGGACAAACUACACUUCCAACACAACCCUGCAGGAUGACUAUGAUGACAUCAUUUUUCCAGAGAUGUAUGAUGAUUAUGAGAUUUCAAAGAAUGAGUCCGAUCUGUUCAACAUGUCUGCAGCAGAACCUCUGUCAGUACAGUCCACUGUAGCGCCGACUGAGGCUUCUGACAUUACUCAAGCCCCCGUGGAGAAAGGGCGCCUGCCUUUUUGGGCUUUUUUCCCCACUCUUCCCACCGUCGUUGAACAAAUCAACUCUGACCAGAGGAUUGUGGGAGGUGACACAGCCAUUUCUGGAGAGAUACCUUGGCAGGUUGCGUUGAUGACUCUGUCAGAAACCCAAAGAGCACGCCCGUUCUGUGGAGGAUCACUGCUCAGUGAGCUCUGGGUAAUCACGGCUGCUCAUUGUCUGGUGCAGGCCAAAACUGCUCAGAAACAUUUCUUUGUCCGAGUGGGUGAACAUGACGUGGAGCAGGAUGAAGCACAAGAGCAAGACUAUGCUGUGGCAGAGCAGCACAUCCACCCCAAGUAUAAUGAAAAGCUCUCCUUGUACAAUCAUGACAUUGCACUGUUGAAGCUUGUAUCUCCUGUGGAUCUGAACAACCAGCGGCGUCCCAUCUGUCUGGGCCCCAAAGACUUCACAGAGACUUUACUGAGGGAGUCCAGCAGCUCCCUGGUGAGUGGCUGGGGACGGCAGAAAUUCCAAGGCCCAGAGGCCAGCAAGUUGCAGAAGCUGGAGCUCCCCUACAUAGACCGGACCAAGUGUAAAUUAAGUAGCCGAUACCAUAUUACACGGUUUAUGUUCUGUGCGGGCUAUGAAACUGCACAGAAGGAUUCUUGCCAGGGGGACAGCGGCGGGCCCCACGCCACUAAUUACAAAGGCACCUGGUUCCUGACAGGCAUCGUUAGCUGGGGGGAGGAGUGUGCCAAAGAUGGGAAGUAUGGCAUCUAUACCCGUGUGUCCCGAUACUAUGACUGGAUCAGUCAGAAAACAGGGCUUCAAAUUACUGACUGACAACUGCAAAACUGAGCAUUUGUCUCAUUCAUUCAGAGUUCAAGACACUUUGUUUUGGGAUGAUUUAUAGCGAAAAGAAAUGAGACUUAUAUUUUAUAUUUUGGCUAUCCAAUAAAAUUCAAUUAAAAUGUUUGAGCUUGUACAGAUAUUGACUUGAAGCUGGAGAAAAAUUAAAAUCUUGAUUUUCUUUGAGAAACAUUUCAACUGAGAAGUUCAUUUCAAAAUAUUUAACUCAUG